AUGUCAUCGACAAUCAAUGAGUCGACUGUCUCGGCUUCCUUCCCAGGAUCUACCAUUACAGAUAUUUCGACGGCAACAGUGACGACAGGCGGUAUUACCGUGACAGAUACCAUGACUAUAGCGACUACCAUUGACAAUUCAAAUUUUACUGUAAGAGUUACUACAGGGCCCCUUGCAGGAAUUACUCCAUCAGAGAGCACUAUAGGAUCCCAAACUUUUUCAGGAUCUUUAACGACUGUUCCCGCAUCCACCAUUACAGCAGUCAUCACCUGGCGUGAUAGCACCGUUACCUUAGCGGGAAGUACCACCAUUGUUCCAGCCUCAACGCCCAACAAGGUCAUCACGAGUCCUGAAAACACGGAGACUGUCAUUGAAUCGGCCAUAUUGGUUAGCACUGCUACUUUACAGGAUCCGCCCGAAACUGUUCCAACCCCUGUAAGUAGCACUGGGACUGGAUCAGAAGUUACACCGACAGAGAAUUUCACCGGAACUACGACCAUUGCUAUGUCAGUCUGCGCGACCUUGACCAUCAAUCCAACACAUACACCCGCCUCUCCUUUGCCGAAAGAUUAUACUUGGGGUUGCCCGCCUGGCUAUCUCUGCAAACCUCCUCAUACUGGCGACCGUGCCAACUGCAACAUUGAAGCUGGUCUGCCUGCCGCCAGCUACAUCUGUAGGCCCUCAGAAUGUCUCGUGGCGCCACCCUUGGUCUUUGAAAAAGUUCCUGACCCGGCUGGUAACCAUUACAACGUGUCUCACUUCUAUUACAAUCUCGAUCCUGAAGACUUUGGCCUCAGGUACUCGAUCUUGCAAUCCGCAGAAGAGUCGAUCGCGGCCAAGCGCAAGCGUGAUAUGAUCACACUAGAUGGCAGUGGCAGAUCUCUCAGGAAAUAUGUCUCGCGCCAAAAAUUUAAGGAAGAUGUUUCGAACAUUCCUGGUGUUUGCUACAAUGAUUGUAACGAUGCGGCACUGGAAGAACAGGAAAUGGGCAAGACACCUGCGUCAUGCAAAAUUGACUCGGCGUUUAUGGUCGACUUGGGUAAUUGCAAGACAUGCGUUGCUCACUACGCCAUGUCACCUUCGACCGCAUGGUCUCAGAUACUUUUGCCUUCAUUUGCACAGUUUCUGGAUUAUUGUUCCGAUCAGACGACAACUUUGAUAAGCAGUACUAUGGAGACAACAGCGGUCAGUACUACGACAUCAGUGGUUACAAUCAUAGAAAGCCGCAGCUGGACAGUCAUUCCCGUCACUACUGAAGCAUCCGAAGAAACGACGGGGUCCAAUCCGGUCACGUCAAACGCUUCAAUAAGCAGUCAACUCCUUGGCGAAGCUACAGACACAACCAGCUUCGUGAAAUCCACUGGAAGUGCAGCAGGUGACAGUGAGAGCAAAGAUAGUGUCACUAUCAGCACCAGUGACUCUGAUGGCAAGAACAUUGACGGGCAAAAUGCUGGUAGCAUGAUCACUGUUAGCACUCAUACUGCAAAAGCCGCUAGCUCAAUAUGGACAACGCGAGCCGCUACAGAGGGCACAAUAUCCAAUCCUUACUUCGACUGGACGUCAUCGCGCUCCAGAACUAGAAGUAGGGGACGUCUAAGCGACACCACUCCAACUGAAAGUCCGACUGCAACUGCAGAUGGUUCAAGUGGCGCAUACGACACAGGUUCUGAAAGCCAUACGGGCACAACAAAGGCAUCCGGCUCUGCCAUUCUAUUCACCGGGACAGCACCGGCUAUCAAUAUCUCCCACAUCGGCCCAUUAAGCUUCUUGCUCGCUGUUGUGGCUUUCCUCCUCUAG